AUGGCGAUCACGCGACGAACGGCAGGACCCUCGCCGCCGGCUCCGCCACCGUGGCCCGUGACGGCGAGGCAGCGUGGCAUCCCAGCGUCCCAGGAUCAACCGCAGCCACCACCGCCGCCAACCGCAGCAGUCACCUGCCAUCACCAACCUCAGGAGUUGCGACAGAGUCCGGUGGCGCACUGCCACCGGAUGCUGCGGCAGUUCGCGUUCGUGCCGCUAGUGGCGCUACUAAUGCUACUUCCCCACACGGCGUCGGGGACUGUGGACUCCGCGGCCGCCACCGUCGUGUCCAAUGUGAGCCUCGCUAAUGGAGACAGUAAUUAUAGGCUUUCGAAGCGGAAUAAUUAUAGUGUUAGUGACGAUGAUCUAAUUACGGCGUCCCACGCCAACGAGGAGCUGAUCCUGGGGUACGCAGUCGGGCCGCUCCCGAAGGACGCCGUCAGUCCAAAGGCGGUGCGGUGCCCCCGGCCGGCGGCCAUCUACAUGAACGAGUUUGCGGUCUACAUCCCGAACGGGGUCGACGUUGCCGAUUCCGUCGCCCACAGGCUCGGCUUCUCCAACCUGGGACAGAUUGGCGCCCUGAAAGGAUACUAUCUGUUCCAUCAUAAUCACGUGCGAAAGCGAUCCCUGGACCGGUCCGAAGUGCAUCACAGUGCGCUCAACACCGAGCCGGAGGUUCGAUGGGUCCAGCAGCAGCACGAGAAGCCCCGCUUCAAGCGCGACUACAGCACGUUCGAUCAGGACUUUGUGCGCUUUCCCGGCUUCCCCCGGUCGCUGGCGCUGCCCGGUAGCGGCCGGAUGGCGUACCGGGACACCGGCACGCACAACAUCUUCCCCGAUCCACUGUUCAAGGAGCAGUGGUACCUGAACGGUGGCGCCAAGGACGGGCCGGACAUGAACGUGGGGCCGGCCUGGCAGAAAGGAUACACGGGCAAGGGCGUCGUCGUGUCCAUCCUCGACGACGGCAUCCAGCGGAAUCAUCCGGACCUGGCGCUAAACUACGAUCCGGAUGCUUCGUACGACAUCAACAGCAACGACUCGGACCCGAUGCCGCGCGAUAACGGCGACAACAAGCACGGAACGCGGUGCGCCGGAGAAGUUGCGGCCGUCGCCUUCAACCAGUACUGUGGGGUUGGCGUGGCGUACAACGCGAGCAUCGGCGGUGUCCGCAUGCUGGACGGGACGGUGAACGAUGCGGUGGAAGCGAAGGCGCUCGGGCUGAACCCGGACCACAUCGACAUCUACAGUGCGUCGUGGGGCCCCGAGGACGACGGAUCGACGGUGGACGGGCCAGGACCGUUGGCACGCCGUGCCUUCAUCUUUGGCGUCACGAGCGGACGGCAGGGCAAGGGUUCGAUCUUCAUCUGGGCGUCCGGGAACGGGGGCCGCUACACGGACAGCUGCAACUGCGACGGCUACACCAACUCCAUCUUCACGCUCUCCAUCUCCAGUGCGACUCAGGGCGGCUACAAACCGUGGUACCUGGAGGAGUGCUCAUCGACCCUGGCGACCACCUACAGCUCGGGAACUCCCGGACACGACAAGAGUGUGGCUACCGUCGAUAUGGAUGGCUCGCUGCGACCCGAUCGGAUCUGCACCGUGGAGCACACCGGGACGUCCGCAUCGGCUCCGCUGGCCGCCGGGAUCGCGGCACUCGCCCUCGAGGCGAACCCUUCGCUAACGUGGCGCGACAUGCAGUACCUGGUGGUGUUGACGUCCCGCUCGGAACCCCUCGAGAAGGAACCGGGUUGGAUACUGAACGGGGUCAAACGGAAAGUGAGCCACAAGUUCGGCUACGGUCUGAUGGACGCCGGUGCGAUGGUCAGCCUGGCGGAGCAGUGGACCUCGGUGCCAUCGCAGCACAUCUGCAAGUCGCGCGAGAUCAACGAGGAUCGCUCGAUCGAGGUGUCGGUUGGCUACACGCUCCAGACGCACAUGGACGUGAACGGGUGCGCUGGCACCGUGAACGAGGUCCGGUUCCUCGAGCACGUCCAGUGCAAGAUCACGCUCCGGUUCUUCCCGCGCGGCAACCUGCGCAUCCUGCUGACCUCACCGAUGGGCACCACGUCGACGCUGCUGUUCGAGCGGCCCCGUGACAUCACCAAGUCCAACUUUGACGACUGGCCGUUCCUGAGCGUCCACUUCUGGGGCGAACGGGCCGAGGGUCGCUGGACGCUGCAGAUCCUGAACGGGGGCCCACGGCGCGUCAGCCAGGCCGGCAUCCUGUCCAAGUGGCAGCUCAUCUUCUACGGCACCCAAACGAACCCGAUCCGCCUCAAGUCGGAAGGAGGCGGAACGCGCAGCGGAGCGGCGGCUGGGUACGCUGCGGCGGCCGGUCUUCCGAACCCGUUCGUGUUCCCGACCGAGACGGACCAACAGUCGGCUGGGCUUGGGGCGGCCGGUGCCGCCGGUGGCGCCUACUACCAGUCGUCGGAUCUGUACAGCAACUUUAUGAACUUCCCGAACCUGUUCAGCGGGGCCGGCAGCGGCAUCGACAAGACGGUCGCGACACUCAACGGUCACAACAUCCCGACGGCUCAGCGCGAGAACGUGAUGGCCGACUCGAACAACAAGCUGGUGGUGCUGCACGACUGCGAUCCCGAGUGUGACCAGCAGGGUUGCUACGGCCGGGGACCGACGCAGUGUGUGGCCUGCAAGCACUACCGGCUGGACAACACGUGCGUCAGCCGGUGUCCACCGCGAAGCUUCCCGAAUCAGGGCGGUGUCUGUUGGCCGUGUCACGAGUCGUGCGAAACGUGUGCCGGCGCCGGCCAGGACAGCUGCCUUACGUGCGCCCCGGCCCACCUCUACGUCACCGAUCUGGCCGUCUGCCUGCAGGUCUGCCCGGAAGGGUACUACGAAAACUACGAUAAUCGAACGUGUGUGCCGUGCGAAGCGAACUGUGCAUCCUGCCAGGACCGGCCCGAUUACUGCACGAGCUGUGAUCAUCAUUUAGUUAUGCAUGAGCACCGAUGCUACGCCGCCUGCCCGAAGAACACCUACGAAACGGAGGAUUACAACUGCGCCGAUUGCCAUCCUUCCUGUGCCACGUGCAACGGAUCGUCCGAGAGCCAGUGCAUCCUGUGCCGGGGUGGCCGAUUCGCGCACGAAGGCCGCUGCCUGAACAGCUGCCCGGACGGCUACUACGGGGACAAGAAGCGUCACGAGUGCAUCGGCUGUCCGCACGGCUGUGCCACCUGCAGCAACGGUGCCGUCUGCCUCACGUGCCACGACCACUGGACCAUGAACCGGAAGGGGAAAUGCAUUGCCAACGGCAACAACAACUGUGACGAGUCGGAGUACUUCGAGAACGGCCACUGCCAUCCGUGCCAUUCGACGUGUGAGACGUGCACCGGGCCGACGGAGAACGACUGUCUGACGUGCACCUCCAACCUGCUGCUGCAGGGCCAGCGGUGUGUCAACGUGUGCGACGACGGCUACUACAUGGAGGUGGGCGUGUGCGCCAAGUGUCUGCACACCUGCACCCAGUGCGUGUCGCGGAUGAACUGCACGGCCUGCAUGCGGGGUCUGCAGCUGCAGAGUGGCGAGUGCCGAACGACCUGCGCCGAUGGAUACUACAGCGAUCGGGGCACGUGCGCCAAGUGCUACCUGAGCUGCCACACGUGCAGCGGCCCACGGCGCAACCAGUGCGUCCAGUGCCCGGAGGGCUGGCAGCUGGCCGGCGGCGAGUGUUUCCCCGAGUGCCCGGAGGGUUUCUUCAAGACCAAGUUCGGUUGCCAGCGGUGCCAUCAUUACUGCAAGACCUGUAACGGUGCCGGUCCGUUGGCGUGCACCUCCUGUCCGGCGCACAGCAUGCUGCAGAACGGGCUCUGCAUCGAUUGCCUCUCGUCGCAGUACUACGAUCCGCCGACGCAGACGUGCAAAACGUGCCACGAGUCGUGCCGGACGUGCAGCGGGCCCGGCCAGUACUCCUGCCUCACCUGCCCCUUCCCGCUGCACCUCGAUCGACUCAACCAUCAAUGUGUGCCUUGCUGUGCGGCGGACGCUUCGCCCGACGAUCAGAGCUGCUGCCACUGCGACAAAGCGACCGGUGGCUGCAUCAACGCAUCGCCGGCCGGUAAGCGGCGGGUCGGAGCCGAGCAACAGUUGCUGCAGUUCGGCGACGAGAGCUACGGAGGAGGGGGGCCGAAUGCCCCGCCAUCAGCCGGUGACGGCGGUGGGUUGCACCACUUCUGGAAGCAGUUCCUAACCAACUCGUCCAUGUCGACGAUAACAGUGGUCGCCGUGUCCGGCUGCCUGCUGAUUGUUACCCUGUUUAUAGUGAUAUUUACCGUUUUACAGAAACGUAGCCAAACCAUGUACACUGGCAUUAAGUAUAAUAAAUUAGGCAAGAAACCACCGCCGGGCGGCACCAGCACCACCAGGAUAUCGAUACCGGCCGAUGGCGAUGAUUUAUUGGAACCAAUUGUAAAUAACGCCGACGACGACGAGGACGACGAGGAAGACGAGGACGAGGACGAGCAGGAGGAGGUGGAUUACGAAGUGGAGGACGGUGGGGACCGCACCGAGCGACGGCGGCAGGCACGGUUUGACAGCCGGAGGUCGUCGUCAAGUGGCCGACGGGGGGACAAGCAGACAUUCCGGUACGCUGCCGUCACGCGGACAUAAUCACGCCUAAGGAUGCAGUAGCGAGCCGCGGUUAUUCUACGGAUCGGAUCGGAAACGGAAGUGUCGCGUGCCUGUGAAGACGUGUGAAUGUGUUGUGUGCAUGCGAGAGUGUUUACGGGUUCGCUUGUUGUGUG